CUAUCGACUCGUCUCAAAAUUUAAGGCUAGCAGCAACGAAACACAGAGACCCAAGUCAGUCCAUUUACUCAAACAUUUCCAGCUGACCAUCACCAGCCUUAUUGGCCUUAGGUUUGUUGCAGAGCAUGAAACCAACAACAUGGGCCGGGUCUCGCCUUGUAACUAACUCUUCGAAACUCUCUUUUGCCAGCCACACACAAUCGUCCGAAUCAAAAGACUGAAAAUGCAAGAAUAUUUAACUCGUAAUCUUCAAAAGUCGCUCAGCUUGUUAUUUUAGUCAUACCACUGCUACUCUCGCACCUCCGCUGUGCCUUUUGCGAAUGCUGCCGUGUCCUUACACUGAUACCUCCCCUAAGGCCGCCCCCAACAGCCCCUAACAGCAGUACUGUGCUGCCCUGUAAAUCUGCGCCCACGGCCCCGCUUGAGCAGACGCCACAAACGCAACGGGAAACACGACUGCGACGCUUCGUCACUGCCCUUGGCCUCUUUGACGCGCGGUUUCAAUUCUGAAUCCUCAACCGCCAACGCCCAUGGGCAUAUAAAUAAUAGAAUUCACUCCCAUCACUUCAUGGCAUCCCACGGCCGAGACAAAGCUUCCAGCGGACACAGCUCGCCUGGCCGCAUUCGAUCGAAUAGCUCGCGUGCAUCCCCGGCCGAAUCUGACCCGUUGCGACCUCCGAAGCGAUUCCACACGAUUCAGAAUGACUCCAAAGGUUCUACCUUUAAGGAAUUAGCAGAGGAAGCCGAUAGGCCCGACGCUUUCGAGACCUCGGAACACACGGAUAGCGAAGAUGUAGCCGACGCUGGUCGCGGCUCGAUCGACCUCGAUGAACUCCCCAUCGAGCUAAUAACCUUGACAGACAGUUUUAUCGAGUCUCUCAGUGCAAAAGUACACUCUACUCCUCCUAAUAUCGAUAAACUCUCCCAACUGUUCCAAGACUUUUACGGCCUCGCCUCCUCCCACAUCAACACACAUAUCAGCGCCCUCGCCACGAGACACAGCCGCGAUGAGCUUCCUGCUAGUGCAUCUAGCAACUCGCUUUCAGCCACUGCUAGCCGGCUGCGAUCGAAAGCUGUAUCUCUAGGGUCCAAAGAAAAGCCCAAGGAAACUCCCAAGGCUGGACCAGAGCAGCAAAUGAUCACUGCAGAAGAGCUCGCCGAACGCAAGCGAGCUAGGAAGGCACUCGAGGCAAAGAAAGGUUUAAUGGAAGAAGCUGUUGAAAGACGGCUGUGCGAGGCGAUAUAUAAAAAGAUCUACCGCCACAGAAGUACACAGGAUGAGGCACAGGACGAUAAGUUGCGUUCCAAGACAGCCGCGCUGGCGCUGGUGGGCAUCGGACCUCACGAUUUGGGCAUUGACCUUGGAAACGUCUCUGAAGAAGCCGACCACGCUAUUCUGGACAACAAGAUUAAAGAAUCGCUCUCUGCUGCUCGAAAGGACCUAAAGGAGAUGCAUGAAUCACAUUACCCAUUAGGCAAACUCAACCAUCUGAAAGCCGCUCACAAGAGCAUCGUCGAUACACUGGCACACUUUCAACCAUCAGCGUCCGCCGAUGAAAUCAUGCCCAUGCUUAUAUUCACAUUAAUUACAUUGGCACCCGAGGACCUACAUGUCAUUAGCGACCUGCACUUUAUGCAAAACUUCCGCUGGGAGCCCAAGCUGACAGGCGAGGCAGCGUAUUGCCUAACCAAUCUCGAAGCAACAAUUAGCUUUUUGCAGACUGUUGAUCUCACCACACUGCGCGCUGAUGAACACCCGUCCGGCCCCCCAAAAAGCUUAGACUCACCCAAAACCGAAACCUUUCCACCCGCAUAUACUUCACCCGAUCCAACUACACCAACUACCAGCACUGUGGAGGAGUCCAACGAAACUGCCACAGGGUCUAAGCCUGUCGCUUCAUCCGGUGGUCUGACAGCAUCUAAUGUACUGCGAAACCGCCGCCUAAGCGAUCUAGUCAAUACCCCUGCCCAAGCUCUUGGUGCUGCUAGCGAUGUAGUGUUCAGCACUGCGGACCACGGCCUCAAAACCAUAUCCAACAGCCUGGGUGAGAGCUACGGUUUCCUUCUUGGCAAGCUUCGAGAGCGACAGCAAGGACCCCAGGAAUCCAUCACGGUACCGCGCACGCUUGACGACGCUCGAAAACUUGUCAGCACGCCGCCGCCAGAAGACGACGACAACACAACAGCAAGUGGCAAUAGCUCCGUGUUAGGCACUGAGGAUGCAGACAGCAUCAAGAGCAAACCAGAGGACCGUGUCCUCACGCUCAUUGGAGGCAAGCGAGAGCCCAGUGUAGAUAGCACGCGUAGUGCCAGAAGCGCAAGCUCAUCGAAAAAAGUACUUUUUGCGGAAGACGCAUCUGCAUCGGGGACACCUCCAGCCGCUCAAGCACCCGCAAUGCUUGAUCAGGUGCGAAGUCUCGGAACUUCAUUUAACCCCAUGUCUCGACUUCCCAGUAUGAACAUGAUCCGCGGAUUUGGCAGAAAUUUAGCCACGUCAACGCCCUUGACUCCGCCUCCCAAGGAAUCCGCCGAGGUCAAGGAUGGAGGUGACUUGUCAACAGCAUUCCCUGAUCUUGCAGCAGCCCUUCCUCCCAGAGAUAUCCCCAAGAUUGCCCCUCCAAACAAGCGCUUCAUGGAAAUCCAAACUCCUGGAGAGCUCCGUCUAGGCGAGGUUCUAGAUCUACUGAGAGAUUAUCGUCGCUUGGCCGGUGCUCUGAAAAAUAUGGGUGCCUUUGAGGAAAAGUAAUAACGCAAGGCGUGCAUACUUUUCAUUUCUCUGUUUUUGUUCAUUUACAGGUAUUGUGUUCUAGACAAGCCGAGAAUCUUUUUGAGAGUGUAGAGAGAUAUAAUCAAAUAAUAGAUACAUGAUUUUCAACGAUAUGUCGUCUUUCUUCAUCCGGAGAGCCGUGCUAUUAAUACAUGCACAACAGAUAUUCCUGUGGCAAUCUAAGGGUCAAGUGUAUGAUAUCUCAUAAUAUGACAGUUUGUCUCUAUUCGCUAUAUAUAAAGUAUAAAAGAUCAACGCUGUGUAGCAGAUUUGUCUUGGGAAUUCUCGAGUGCCAAAAGCUAACGAGAAAGAGUGGCAUAUUUGCAUGAAAAUUACCUUGAACAAAUGAGAACUAAUGAUAUACAGUCUUUCCAAAAAGAAAAUUACAUUUACGGUUCCAAUUCCGUAGCAAGCUGCUGUUGCGCUUGUCUCCACGGGUUGCGCUCCAAGGUUGGAGACGUAUCGGCACGCCUGGGACGCAUUCGGGAAGACGUCGAGCUUGGCAUCUGUUCCAAAGCGGUGUCUGGCUCCUCGGCUAUUGGUUCAGUAAGCGUACGAAGCGGCUCCAGCAGGUUACCGUGGUCAAUUGACCGGCUUCGCGCCCGACUGACUACCGGAUCACGCUGAGGGACAGGGCCUGGGUGCAGCAGUUGAGUGAGAAUAUGGCUGUUUGGUCUCUCUUUUUCUCGGCUCAUGCUUCGUCGACGGAUGGCAAAGCUGUGCGUGCGCUGCAUACCAGAAGCCGUAGCAGUAGAAACAGCGGUGUUCAUUCGUGCCAGAGCUGCUUCUGCCUCUUCUGCUUCCUUCUUGAAGCGUGCCUCGCUUGGCAAGAGCACGGCUCUGUCAAGACCGUACGGCAAGCCGCGAUGACGACCACGGAUUUGCAUGGCAACAAUGACAAGCUUUCCAACUGUCGUGAAUUGGGAGCAGAGAGAUGCAUUGACGCCCUUAGCGCCCAUGCUUAGUCCGACGGUGCCGUAGGCGCUGACAGUCUCGAAAAGGACCGAAAAGAGAUCAAAUCUGCCCUCUGAAAUUUUGCUUCCCUCACAAAUCGCGAGGAUGAAGAAGCCCAAGAAGACGAACCACAAAUCGAACGAGAGCUGUCGUCUCAAAUGGGUUCCGACAUAUGACAGCGCGUUUGCAUCGGCGGCCUCGUCGUCUUCCUCUCCAGUAUCGUAAACGCCAAGAGAUUUCUCUUCGUACACGUUUGUGCGUCGAAUGGAAAUGGCAAUUGGAAAUACCGAAAUGUACAUCAUAAUCAUAUAAAACACGGGCAUGGCGGGGUGCAAGUCUCCCAAAUUGACAGCCGAAAACCCAGCAGUUCGAGUCGAUGCAGAUUGGAACAAUCCAACGACGACACGGUUAUGAACAGGCAGAUCACUGAUGGGUUCUGCUUUG